AUGGAAAUGAUGAAUCGUAAAACUGCCCUGGCCGUCAUGCUCGGCUUGUCUGCGUUGGCCUUCAAUGCUUCCGCCCAUGGCCCUAGCAAGGCCCAAUAUGGAGGCGUGGUUCAGACCGCUAGCGACCUGUCGUUUGAGCUUGCGAACGAAGGCGAUAAGGCUGCGCUGUACAUCGUGGACCACGAUGCGCCUGCAGACGCCAGCAAAAUGAGUGGCAAGCUGGCCAUUCUGAAUGGCACCGAGAAGAGCGAGGUCGAACUCAAACCGGUCGGGGGCAACAAGCUCGAGGCUACGACGAAGUUGGUGUCUGGUGCUCGCGUCGUUGCGACGGUGACCACGGCUGAAGGCAAGGUCAUCACGGUCCGAUUCAAAGCCAAAUGCGUUUCUAGGGGAGUCUUGCAAGGAGCGGACAAGACCAUUGAGCGAGCCAACUAUCCAGGCAUACCGCCAGAAUUUCCCAUCAGCGAGAUGACUUCCGCAGUUGCCGGUGCUCGCCCCAAGCUAGGCCUGAUCGAGGAAGGCGGGAAGUUCUAUACACCCGGCACCUCACCCUCUGAGGUGUUGAAUGCUUUCGAGGUUUGUAAAGAUCUCAUCGCGCAGAUGGUUCCAUACUGCAAACGCAAGCUCGCUCAGGCCGUAGCAGAGCCUGAGGGUGUUUGA